AUGAACUGCGACGUGCUGGACGCCUGGAGCGCGUAUACUCUAUUAUGGUUGCACAUUUCAAAGUAAAUAACCCCCCCUUCCCCCCCUCCGCUCACUCCCGCCGAUAAAUAAUUUCUGUCGCACGUUUUGUUUCGCACGUGAUGUAUACUAUUGUUUCGAUGGAAAAAAAAAAAAAACACUUAUACAUAGGUAUCUAAUUUAAACAGGACGUAUAACGCGUGCACGAGCUUUUCGCCGCGCUUAAAAUCGGUUAAUAGGAAAAGAAAAAAAAAAAAAACUCAUCUCGAGAGUAUCUUGAUAAUUGCAUGGUUGUGUUCGCUAACGACCAGUUUCGAUUUAAAAAACCGAUAUGAUGAGCGACUGUCUUUCAAGUUUCAACAACUCUCGAGUCCAUUAGUGUUGUCGUUUCACUGUGCAUUGUAAUAGUAAAAUCAAUACUAUUAUUAUUUACCGUUUGAUAUUUUUUAAACCAUCAAAGCAGUUGCGAUGCAACAUAAACGAACCCUUUCGAGUAGCAAACAUUUUUGCUUUUAAAACAAAUUAUUCAAGAUAAUUUUCCAUAUUGAUGUGCUCGUGUAUGUGACAGAAUGUGAUUUUUUCUUGUACAUUUUAAUAGCGUUGUCUCGGCUUUCACAUCGUUAUUUCCCUUCGAAUCACUCCGAACUACGCGUAAUUCUAAGGACAGUGAUAAGAUGAAAGAGCGUUGCUUUUUGGUAGCACAAUGGAAUGUUUCCAAAAAGUCUGCGACUCAGACACAGCUAACAAUCUCAUUCGAACCACGAAUAAGUAAUGUACGACGGACACGAACGCCUUUAAUUUACCACAAUUUACCAUUGACGUAAAUAAGAGGAGGUUGGGGGGGUCGGUGCCCGAAACUCAUCAAAGCCCUUUAAUCGAGUACUUCAUCCUUCCUAAAAAAAAAAAAAAAAAUUGAGUUAUUUGUACCUGAGCAAUAGUCGCAAUAUCAUUAUCGGCAUCGUGCAAUUUUUCUAGCCCGGUAUAUUUCAUGUGCAUUACAAAUCGUAUAAUUGUUUUAUACGAAACAAAUGCUGGCCGAAUAGUGUCGCGUCGUGUCGCGUCGCCACGACCAAAUGCGAAUUCGUCAAUAAUAUUGACACGCGCCUAAUGGCAAUAAUUCGCAUACCCGUUAAUAAUUCAUCACUGGCCGUAUACUAUUAUUAUUGUGGGAAAAAGCUGACGGCCGAAAAGGAUGCGGCGUCCGCGGUCCGGGCAAUAAUCCUGUUUUGUUGGACACCCCAUCGGCGUCGUCCGGAACAAAAGCCUUGUCGCCUGCGCCGCGGCCGAGUCGUUGCGGUUUCGUCGCUACCACGACGGGCCGUACGGCCGACUCCGCUUCGGGAUUCCACGCAGGUCACUCCGCCUUUUGGCCCCCGAUCGAUUUCCGAGGACGAACCCUCCGGCCGCCGUCAAUCACCGUCGACGACACGUUCGGUUCGAGGCACGGGGAAAAAGCUCACGGCUCUUCGCUCUCGAGUCCCGCGUCGGAGGUCGGUGGCCGUCCGACGAGCGCCACGAGCACGACGACCGGCGCCGCCAGCGUCGCCGCCAUAUCCGACGACUUCUCGGCCAGCAGCGAGGCCUCCGGUUCACCGGCGCCCGUCGGACCGCCGCCGUCGCGCUGCGAGCCGGAUUCGAUUCCGGAAAAAACGACCGAAAUUACGGUCGUUCGCGAGUACGAAGCGAACGCAGGGUGCCGAGGAGAGAAGCGGCGCUCUCUGGUCCCCGUUGUUCGCGCAUUGUCGACGCCUCGCUCUCAACGUGACAAAUACCGAUAUCUAUUAGAAUUUCGGAAUGUGGAACGCACGGCGUCGCGUAUUGCCAGAGAGACGUCCGCCGGCACUCGCGUGUCCGUGUGGAAACUGUAA